UACACACCCCGUCAUAAACUAAGAUGAAUGGAAAUAAUUUGAUCGCCCACAUUAAUUUAAUUAGUGCUCAACCCAUCAAAUGCUUUGUCAGCAGCAGUGAAUCAAGCAAAAUGUCUCCAUCGAUUAAGAACAUCCCACGUCGCCAGGCCAUCCCGAUUCUGUACACCCGGGGAACCCAUUACGAUGUUGGAUACGAUGUGGGUCGAACAUUUGCGGCAAUCAUCAAAAACUUCCUCCAAUUGUCCGGGCCGUUGAACGACACCUAUUUGCCACUGUACAACACCGAUGAAGGCAGAAAAGUAUACAAUGAAACUCUGGACUCGGUCAAAAAAUCGUUCCCACAGUAUGUUCGUGAACUUGAAGGAACCGCUGACGGAGCACAGGUUGAAUUUCAUAAGCUAUUUCUACUACACAUGGACGAAAUCCUGCCGGUAGCUGUCGAAGGUAAAAAUAGCAUCAAUCAACCCAUCGGAUGCUCAACGGUGUGCGUUAAUGAGCCAGAUUGUGAAAUUUUGGCCCACACCGAAGAUGCCCUGAGUGAAGUCCUGAAUCACUACUACUUCGUUUCGGCUCACAUUGUUUCGGACGCUCCUCAGGGUAAAUACAAUGUGACCGAGGAACGCUUCACCUCCCUCUGCUAUGCGGGCCAUCUGCCGGGCUAUACCAUGAACUACAACCACCAUGGAUUGGUGUUUUCGAUUAACACGUUGAGUGCUAGUAAUCUGUACAGUGGAAAGACUCCCCGACACUUCAUCACACGUGCUCUGCUAUCGGCGGAGAACUUUGCGCAAGCGCAACUAAUUCUACGGGAUAACGGAGUAGGCGCUGCCGAUGGAUGCUCGGUCAAUAUGACGUUCUUGAAACAAGAAGGUGACCGGUUGUUCCACAAUGCUGAAAUGGGACCGGCCGUAAAGGAUCAAUCCCAACUGAACAUUCUGACCGCCAGCCCGGGUGAACACAUCGUUCAUGCGAACAUGUACCUACGGUUGCCGGUUCCGGAGGUAUCGGGAUUGAUCAUCGACUCCAGUGUGGAACGAAUGAAAACGUUCAAAUCGUUCUGCGCACCGAAAACCCUAAACGACGUCAUACGAAUGCUGGGAGAUCAGAGCGCCAUAGAGCACACUGUUUUCCGCGAGAAGGACGCCAAGGACAUCGUCAAGACGGUUUGUGUGGGAAUCUUCGACUGCCGUAAGCGAACUUGGUCGCUGUAUUCGGACAAUCCGAAGUUCAAUGCUCCCCUGCUGGUGAUGCCUUUGGUGAUUAAGGACUAAAUGAGUGAAAUACUAGCGUUAUUAUGGGAUGGGUCUCACAGAUAAAACGGAACGCGGUAGGUUAUUUCGUCUUGCAUUUAUAGGAUGCUUUUUGGUGCAAUAUCUGGGCGUUUUAUGUUGUUCAUCGCAUCAACAUGAAGCACGUUGUUUUGCUUGAACUGGAUCACUUGCUGUUUAUUUUAUAUGAUUCGUUAUAUUUAUAAUUAUAUGAUGUUAAGCUUA